AUGAGCAGUCAGUUGAUUAUUUCUUUAAUUGUCGGCUUCAUAGCUUUAUCAAAAGCUACAAAUAAUCUUAAAGAAUAUACCGUGAAACUUGAAUUAAAUGAUAAGAAACUUAUUUAUGGACUUUUAGGAGAGCAUGAUUCUCGUUCAAUAGCCAGAUGCGCCAUGAUGUGUAAAAGGGAGUGCGUCUUCUUUGGUUUUAAUACUCAGUUGAAGAAAUGCCGUAUCCACAAGGAACUAUUAACGUCUGUUAUGACUAAUGAGGCCGGAUGGAGAUACUACUGGGAUGACGCUUUAGAUUUUUCUUCCAUGCCCAAAGAUUGUAAGGAUCUUCACGAGAACGGACAAACCAGUACAGGGGUGUAUGAUAUAUACCCCUACAGUACACUAACAGUACCAAUCACUGUAUAUUGCGAUAUGACGACAAUGGGCGGGGGAUGGACGGCAAUUCAGAAACGGUUAAACGGAUCCGUGAGCUUUGACAGGACCUGGACGGAAUAUAAAACUGGUUUUGGUUCCCCUGAACACAAUGUCUGGGUUGGAAAUGACGUUAUCCAUCAAUUAAUAAAAGAAAACUCAUCAUCCCUUUAUGUGUCCUUAACUCUCCAGAAUGGCGAAACACUGUAUGAAAUGUUUGACCGAUUCUUUGUCUCCGACGAAGCGGGAAAAUAUCAGCUCUUUCUUGCAGGACCUGCCACGGGAACAUUAGUAAAUUUUACAGGAGACAGUAUGUUGAACACGGGUUAUCCUAACGAAAAUCAAGCUGGGAUGUACUUUAGUACCCCGGACAGGGAUAAUGACAGGUAUAGUGGAAACUGUGCUGCUAAAUACAGAGGAGGCUGGUGGUUUAAUGCCUGUCACCACGCCUUCCUUAAUGGUCCAUGGUACCCAGCAGAGUGGGCUUCUCCAUGGUAUCUUAAAGCAAGGAGUGGGUCGUCUGUCAGGGGAACCACGAUGAUGAUCAAACGUCACUAGACAAAGGAUCAUCCAUCAACCAGGCAAACCCUGCAAGAUUCAAGAGACGAUUUUAAAUUAGUCAAUACCUUGUGGUUCUUCUUUUAAUAAAAUUUUGACGUCAAGAGUGAAAACAAAUAUGUUUUCAGUAAAGGCGUGAUGAACUAUUCUGUAAAGCAAUAAAUUAAUUUCAUUUGUUUUUCUAAUUAAUGUAUUCAGUAAAAGAUGUACUCUAUAUGUGUUGUAAUAAAUUUGAA